GAACGCCUACCCAUAAAACCCCACCCACCUCCAACACGCAGCUCUCGCCGUUACUCCCCCGAGGUAACCGACGAAGGCCGCCACCACCUCACCUCGAGAAGUUCCACUAAGGCUACCGGGCUAGGGUUUGGUAUCGGGACCUUCUCCGGCGGCGGGUGAUGGCAGUGGAGGGCGGCUUCGCGGCACCCGCACCCGCGGCGGCGGCGGAAGUGAAGAAUCCGAGGUGCUUCAUGGACGUCAGCAUUGGCGGCGAGAUGGAAGGGAGGAUCGUGGUGGAGCUCUACGCGUCUGUGGUACCUCGGACGGCGGAGAACUUCCGCGCGCUCUGCACCGGAGAGAAGGGCGUCGGCGCCGCCAGCGGCAAGCCGCUCCACUUCAAGGGCUCAUGCUUCCAUCGCGUUAUCAAAGGGUUUAUGGUACAAGGUGGAGAUAUAACUGCUGGUGAUGGAACAGGAGGAGAGUCAAUUUAUGGUUUGAAAUUUGAGGACGAGAAUUUUGUUUUAAAGCAUGAGAGAAAAGGAAUUCUAUCAAUGGCUAAUUCUGGUCCCAACACAAAUGGAUCUCAGUUUUUCAUUACUACCACCCGGACACCUCAUUUAGAUGGGAAACAUGUUGUUUUUGGGAGAGUGAUAAAGGGAAUGGGGGUGGUUCGUUCCAUUGAGCAUGUCCCUGUUGGAGAAGCUGACUGCCCCACUUCGGAUGCCGUAAUUGUUGAUUGUGGAGAGCUUCCUGAAGGUGCCGAUGAUGGAGUUGUGAACUUUUUUAAAGAUGGUGACGUGUAUCCUGAUUGGCCCAAUGAUCUUGAAGAGAAGCCUACAGAGGUUUCUUGGUGGAUGGAUGCUGUGGAGUCUGCCAAAGCUUAUGGGAAUGACAAUUUUAAGAAACAGGAUUACAAGACCGCUCUCAGAAAGUACAGGAAAGCUUUGCGCUACUUGGAUGUUUGCUGGGAGAAAGAAGAGAUAGAUGAAGAGAAGAGCACAGCACUGCGGAAGACCAAGUCCAUAAUACUCACUAAUAGCUCUGCAUGCAAAUUGAAGUUGGGAGAUUUAAGGGGUGCUUUGUUGGAUGCGGAUUUUGCACUGCGUGAAACGGAGGGAAAUGCUAAGGCAUUUUUCCGACAAGGACAGGCACACAUUGCACUUAAUGACAUCGACGCAGCGGUGGAGAGCUUCAAGCAUGCAUUGGAGUUGGAGCCAAAUGAUGGUGGAAUCAAAAGAGAGCUAGCUGCUGCAAAGAAGAAGAUUGCUGACAGAAGAGAUCAGGAGCGGAAGGCGUUUGCUAGGAUUUUCCAACCUUCUGGAAAAUCUGACAAAUGCAGCGAAGAAAACUACUGAUAUGUAGUUUAUUUCCCCCGGCAGAAGACUUUGGUUAGCUAAAUCUGGGACACAGCUUAACUUUCAGCGAAAAGGUCCGAGUUAGCCUUACAAUGCAACUUCUAUCCAUCUCUUCUCUUCAACGGUUUAUUGUUAUCGACGUACGGACGUUAAGGAAUGCCAUCUGCUGCAGGUGUAACAAGGGAGUCUGCGCUGUGAAAAUGUGGGGCUUUUGUUUUCUUUUACUACAGAAGUAGCAAUGGGCGUGUCCCAGUGUUUGUCUUCAGGAACCUAGGACACUGAACUUGACAGUGCAGUUUUCGGACGUUGCAGCAAGGCAUUAAUCCCUUUUUUGUGUGGCCCCUUAUGGCCAACCUGACAA